AUGUCUCAUUUGGCAAAGGGGAAGAACAAAGGCACAAAGGAAAUUUAUCCGCCCGUCAGCUCGACGGUUGUCUCCAGCACGCCCCCUCGUCCCGCCGAAGUUGAAGAACCCGCCAGCGCAGAGGCCAAUUUGGAGGAGGCUACGCAAGAGUACCCACCGACCGUUGCAUCCAUCACUCCGGCCCCAGCUGCGGCCCCACGUCUUGGUUCUGACGCACUUGAAGCUGGUACCCGCGAGCAUGACAGCGACGAGGAUAUCCCAGUGCCUAAACCCGCCCAGAAGAGGGCCCGGCCCAGCCCCCCGCCAGCCGCUUCUCCCCCUGCUAUCACCAACGACGAAUCAGUUGACACGGGGAAGAAGCGCAAGACUCCACCUACCGACGAGCCUACCGCUGCCAAUGGGAAGGGCAAGGGCGCAAACACUCAAAAAGCACCGCCAGCUAAGAAGGGUCGAAAAACCGCAACCCUGGCGGCGGUCGAUGACGAGAUGGUCGGACCAAGCGCAGCCGUCGAAUCCCAAGCAGCACCAAAGGGUAAACGGGGGCGACAGGCGAAGCAAGAGUUGAUCAAUGCCACAGACGCAUUGCUCAGUGAUACCCCGCCCGUCCCCGGAAGAAAGACGCGGAAAUCUACCAAGGCUAACAAGCGUUGA